AUGGAAGAAAACAAAAAUGUAGUCGCGAAUGUCCCCGUGAAGGGUAAAUAUAGUUGUCUGAGUAAUAAACACGUUGUCUUUUCUCUGUUUAAUUUGGCAACAUUUGUUGAGUACUUCAACCUUCAAGUAAUAUUUUCCUCAAUGAGAGGGUUAGAGAUGUCAUUGGGAUUUUCUCCAAACCAACUGUCUAAAUUAACAAUGGUAGAAGAGCUUGCAUUGGUUUCAUUCAUACCGAUUUGGGGGCUACUCUCUGAAACCUAUGAGGUGAAAUAUUUGCUAGCGUUAGCAUUGCUAAUAUCUGGCAUAUUGUCAAUAAUAUUAGGUGCAGUGUCCAACUAUGGAUUGAUACUCGUUCUCCAUUUAUUCAAUGGCGCAACAAUGGGAAGUGUAACUCCAUCAACACAAAAGUAUAUUGUCUCUAGGAAAGAUAUGAACUUUGGAUUUGCAUUUGGUAUACUGCAUGCAACAAUGUGUACCGCUAGAUUAGUAUCUUCUAUUACCGUCACAAGACUUUCGACAGAAGUUAUAUUCAAUACACCUGGCUGGAGAAUAUGUUUAUUUUCCUUCGGCAUAUUUUGUAUUUUGGUUUCACCAUUCCUUUUUCUUAUACCAAAAUUUCACAAAGAUCCUGCAAGAAUUAUUAUCCCAAGUGAGAAAAAAUCUAUAAAAUCGCGUAUAAACCAUAUGCUUUCAUUUUUGUCUGCAAGUAUUCGUGAAACAUUCAUCACUAGAACCUCAAGAAUCCUGCUGGUGUUGCUUUUCUUCUCGGAUGGUCCAUUUGUUGCGUUCGGUUUCGUAACUAUAUUUUUGCAAUACCUUGGCCUCACAGAUUCAAAUGCAGGAAUAACAACAGGUCUUGUUGUAGUAGGUGGACUCUUUGGUGGUGUUUUUGGCGGCUUGACUACAGACUAUUUUCAUAAAAAAUCGCCGAAAUAUGGGAGACUGAUAUUUGGGAGUUUGAGCGUUCUAGUCAGGAUUGCAACAUUUUUACUAGCAUUCUCUCUAGUAACUAUUGAUAACAUGGAAAGACUAUACCCUUUGGUCGUUGUUUGCCUAUUUCUUAAUGGUAUGACAUUUAUGACCGUAAGCUGCAUAGAUCGUGCCAUUCUCGCCGAUGUUAUUAUGCCAAAUUAUCAAAGCUCAGCAAUAGCUAUUAGUAGAUGUGUCGCUGGAGUGGCAAGUAGCCUUGUGUUUAACCCACUCAUGGGAGUAUUAACAGAAAACUUAUAUGGCUACCAACCCAUCCAAAUGGAUUUAAAACAUGUACCAAAGGGGUUGAUCGAAAAAAAUGCAUAUGCACUGAGGAAUUCCAUAAUGAUCAUCAGUUUGAGUACAACAUGCAUUGUCUUUCUUCUAUAUAUAGUGCUAUGCAUAUCAUUCGGGAGGGAUGCAGCAUGGAUCAAACACAGAAUUGCAUCUAGAGAGGAGCGCAAGCUGGAGGAUUUAUACUCUACGACAAGUGAGGAGGCUCGAAACUAUCAUUCAGCCUUUAAAGCUGAUAAAGACGAUUUGCUAUCUGUAAUUCAACACUUAACGUUUUCAAUGUCAACAAAUUGUAAUAAAGAUUUGAAUUUAAUUAUAUUUACAACUUGUGAAGUCAAAGCGUUCUCAUCAAAGUGUUGUGACUCUAUAAGGGAGUGGUUACUGUUAGCAUCAACUACUUUUACUCCUAAACCAUCCAUAAAUUUUACUGAAAUCAACGUAAUUACGUCUGAUAUUCCGACUAUAACUCAGCUACUUCAGUACGAUGGUGUUAUACUAACCGGGAGUUUUUCUUCUAUUGGUGAGAAUAAACCAUGGAUGCAAAAACUCUGCAAUACUAUUAGGCUAUGCUUUUUGAAUGAGAUUCCAAUUUAUGGUGUAUGCUUUGGGUUCCAAAUCAUUUCAUAUGCCUUCGGAUCUUCAUUCAUGGUUGCUCCUUAUGGAUACAAUUUUGGAUGCCUUGAAUAUAAUUUGACAGAUGAUGCCUUAUCACUUAUUACACCUCAUGUUGAGCAUCUCAUAAGAGAAAAUAGUGCUUCUGGGCUGGUAUCAGGUGAUGUAUCUGUUCAUAUCCCACCAGAUAUUUCGCCCGCAAGAAUUGUAUUUAAAUCGGAUGAAAAUCUGAAAGGCAAUUCGUUUGGUUUGGCUAAUAAACAGUAUGCUAUUUUUUCUCAUAAUGAUAUUGUAACAUCGCUUCCUAAUGUCAGCAACAUUGAGUUUUGGGAUACUCCUGAACAUGAGAAAAAGGAUAUUUCAGAAAACUUAUCGGAUAUGGUCGCUAUAAACAUUGGCAGUAACAAAAUAGCUCCUGUCCUCGGGUUAAUCUUGGGUAAUAAAAAGAAGAAGUUCAUGUUGUCCGUUCAAGCCCAUCCAGAAUUUGACGCUCCAUCAGGUAAUAUUGAAUCUGCCAAAUAUUGA